CUGUGGAUCCGAGGUGAAGGGAAUCCGGAACAGGUCUUGAGGAUCAUUCAGGAAGAAGGUCGUCAAGAAGAGCUCGGUUGGGUUGUGUCUGCGAUGACGAGGCUCCAGAGAGCGAAUUCAGCUCGAAAUGUCCUUCGCAAUGAUCGCAGAGAAGACCUGUUCGACGUUCCCGAUAUUGUUUCGGAAGAAUCCAACGGGCGCCCUCUCUCAUUUAAUGAUCCUGGUUGGACAGGAAAUAGACACGGAUAUGGCGAGUCAUCAGCCAUGUCGGGCGCGCUCACCACAGAUGACGAUUUCAUGGCAGCCAGCGCCGGGCCCUCCUUCCAGCCUUCUUCACCACUCGAGCGUUCUAAUGAUGACUUUGGCUUCCAAGCCCCCAGCAUUUCCUCCGAAUCUUCAGAGCACACCGAAGAGCGAACUGAUGCAUUGCGGCCAGGCUCGGCUGACGAGGGUCAUCCACCGGAACCCCGCAACUCGGGCCCGGAGGUCAUUGCGGGCCAAGCUCAGGCCGGUAGUGGGGAAUCUUCGACAACUGGUAUUCGGGGGGUCGAUGGACCUUCUGAUGAUACUCAUGUCAAUUCAGCAGAAUCGGCUGCUCCGGUUCCACAAAAUUUAGUCGACCGCGUUCUUGACUGGCUCUGGGGAGACAUCGUGCCUCGCCAAGGAGCGGAAGAACCAGGUCAUGACGAUGAACACAUCAUCGAAGACCCAGCCUUGGAAGCACCUUUCGUGCCAGUACAAAAUAGGCAAAACGCAGCUGGUGGAGGACGGGCCGGCAACCAAUUCGCUGCACCAGGACCGGAUGGUGAAGUAAAUGACGUCGAUGCUGUGGAGGAAGCUGAUGACUUUGAGGGGAUCUUGGAGCUCAUCGGCAUGCAGGGGCCAAUCUUUGGCCUAUUGCAGAACGGAGUAUUCAGUGCUCUUCUCAUCUCUUUUACCGUGGCUGUCGGCAUCUGGCUUCCUUACCUCUGGGGAAAGAUCGCCUUGGUCUUCUUGACUAACCCGAUCCAACUCUUUGUGGGCGUUCCUCUGGCUCUUCUCUCGAUCACUGCUGAUGUUGCAGUCGACACUCUAAUUGGCAGUGUAGGCUAUAUCCUAUACUGGGUCAGCAUCGUUCUGAGGUUCCUUCUACGACCUGUCGAUGGUUUCGUGCCUGUCUUUAAUUGGAUUCCCAAGAACGCCUCGGUUACCAAUACAUCACUAUCUCUUAUUGAUGGCAGCAGCCAAAGGCUGAGAAGGGUUAUAGACAGCUUUUUCAAUUUCCAUGAAUCAGACCUUCCCAUGUUUUCCGUCCUUUCUCACCAAGCGUUGCGCAUUCACGAGGCGCGGGUUAUGGGUCUCUUCCGCUUGCUGUUUGGCAUUGGGAAAUUCAUCUUGCAUGAUCUUCCUCUGAGACUUCUCUCACAAGGAUUUCGACAAACCCUCUUACUGGGUAUUUCCCGCAUUGACCCCGUCGCCGUUCUUGCAAAACUCCGGCAUUCAUUGCAGAUGCUGGAUCGGUCGAUGUUUUUCUCAUUUGGCAGCCUCGACUGGCUCAACAGCAAGGUCGUUGUCAGUGUUCCCGCUGACCAGAUUCCUUCCGACUACGAUCUGGCACAGUGGGACACCAAAGAUCGCAUCAUUGCAAUCAUAAUUGGAUACAUUUUCGCCUCCCUACUUGGUCUUCUCUACCUUAAAAUUACUGGUCUGAUUUCGGGAGUAAACCGCGGCCAGAGAAUUGAAGGCGUUGUUGCCGACGUGCUUCAUCAAGCUGGGGGUGUCAUGAAAGUAAUUCUGAUCAUUGGCAUCGAAAUGAUCGUAUUCCCCCUGUACUGCGGUCUUCUCCUCGAUCUUGCGUUGAUGCCGCUGUUUGAGAAUGCGACACUGGCCUCCAGGAUCGAGUUCACCAAGUCGUCGCCUCUCACGUCCCUUUUCGUCCAUUGGUUUGUUGGGACCUGUUACAUGUUCCACUUCGCGCUGUUCGUUUCCAUGUGUCGGAAGAUAAUGAGAAGCGGCGUUCUCUAUUUUAUCAGAGAUCCUGAUGAUCCAACCUUCCAUCCUGUGCGUGAUGUCCUUGAGCGCAAUAUCAUGACGCAGCUGCGGAAGAUUGCGUUCAGCGCUCUGGUCUAUGGUGCCUUGGUCAUCGUAUGCCUCGGUGGUGUUGUAUGGGGUCUGUCGUUUGCAUUCGAAGGUGUCCUCCCUAUCCACUGGUCGUCCAACAUCCCUGUCCUUGAAUUCCCUGUGGACCUGCUCUUCUACAAUUUCGUCAUGCCGUUCCUGAUCCGUUCACUAAAACCGUCGGAUGGUCUGCACGCCAUGUACGACUGGUGGUUCCACAAGUGCGCACGUCUACUACGCUUAACAGAGUUCCUCUUUGGUGAGAGACGCCGCGAUGAGGAGGGUCGCCAUGUCAGGCGCACGUGGCGGGAUGUCUUCGCGGGAAAGAAAGGAGAUCCGGAACAUCCCGUCGUGGGUGAAGAGCAAAGAAGGAUUGCGGAGAAGGAGGGAAGAGAUGUGUACUUCCUCCGUGAUGGACGCUAUGUCCGCGCUCCCGCCUCCGACCAAGUGCGCAUACCCAAGGGGGGCCAAGUGUUUUUGGAAGUCACCGAAGACAACAAACGUGUCGAUGGCGCUCCGGAUCGGGAUGAUGGUCUGCAUGGCAGGAAGAGUGACAUGUUCACGAAAGUCUAUAUCCCUCCGUUUUUCCGGCUGAGGAUUGCCGCCUUUAUUUUCCUGAUCUGGGUGUUCGCUGCCAUUACUGGAGUUGGCGUCACGGUGGUGCCCUUGGUUCUUGGUCGGAGAAUGAUCUCGUCUCUUUUCCCGAGCGCCAUCCGCGUGAAUGAUAUCUAUGCCUUCUCGGCUGGGAUCUAUGUCCUGGGUGGUGCUGCCUAUGCUCUAUGCUACUGCCGAACGGGGUAUUCCAUCCUCAAGGAACGCUUGCGACCUGUCUUCGCUUCUCCGCGCCAGGCCAUUGCAGGGGCAAGGGAAGUGGCUCUGCAGACACUUCGCUUGAUCUAUGUUUCCGCCGCGUUCGUCCUAUUUAUCCCGUCUCUUUUCGCCUUGCUCACCGAGCUCUACGUGCUCGUGCCUCUGCACACGUACCUGGAGGACCACCAGACCCAUGUCAUCCACUUCAUUCAGGACUGGACUCUCGGAGUGCUCUAUGUCCAGAUGGCGCUCAAGUUUAUCCAGUGGCGAUCCACCUCUCGUCCGGCGCUGGCCCUCAAUGCCAUCGUUCGUGACGGUUGGCUGCGACCGAAUGCCAGCAUCGCCACCCGGGCCUUUAUCCUUCCUGUCUCUGUCCUGGCGCUCUGUGCGGUGGUCCUGCCCCUCUUCCUUGGCUUCAUUGUCAACACCGUCCUUUUCCACAAUUCUGCUGCCGCGAUUCAUGCGAAGGUUUACCGCUACUCCUAUCCAGCGUCCUUUAUGGCGGGGUUGAUGGUCUGGUUUGCGUACCUGCUUCGCAGACAAGUCGAAGUGUGGAGGGCGCACAUCCGGGAUGAUGUCUAUCUCAUUGGGGAGCGGCUACAUAACUUUGGCGAGAAAAGAGCAAGGGAUGUUACCAGCGUGCCCCCGAGGAUGAGGACGUCAUAG